AUGAACGAAAGUGUCUUUUCUGAUGCUGACUCUCGAGGGAGUGCAUAUUCUCCGGUGACUCCGUUUGAAAAUGCGAUUUUUAUUCCGGAGGCAGAUGGCGAUUCCAUUGAAACUUUUGACUCUUACUGCGAAGACACAAAGUAUACCUAUGAACAUGCGCGAUCGAUUCAUUGUCGGUUGCUUUCUCUCUUUUAUUUCCUCUCCUUUCUGUCUUCCUUCAACGAUGUUCACGGGCUUUUCGGGUCCACGGGUAUCUAUGAUAUCUCAAGGCACACCAGGACGUUUUUGGAUAACAUGGAUCACCGGGAAAUCUGGUCAUCCAUUCGCCAAUUUCCAUCACUCUAUUUGAUCAUUCCUCUGAGUGACUUUACCCUGAUGAUCAUUCCACUAAUUGGAAUGAUAGUCUCGAUGCUGAGCUUCAUUACGAGUUUCACGGGAUGCUACACUUUUAGUCUCUUGUGGCUCUUGAAAAUCUCGAGCUUUGCCUUUUACAAAAAGGUCCCAAAAAGCGUCGCUGAUUUGUUGCUCUUGGAAGUUGGCUUCUUGACCAUUUUCAUCUUUUCACCCUUUAGAAUCUUUGACAAAGUGGAGGGAAGCUGGAUCAUUCCACUGAUUUGCAGAUGGGCGUUCCGAGGAGUUGUCUACAAGGUAGUCUUUUUCGCCGGAUUAUCCAAGCUGAGACUCUUUUUAAAUCACUCGUUGGAGCUGUCGAAGAUCUUGGCGUCGAUUCCUUUGCCGACGCCUCUCUUGUAUUAUGUCCUCAAGGUUUACCGUAGUUAUGGUGACUUUGACCGGGACAGUGCUAUAUCUCUCCUCUUUUACGAGUGUGUUUUGAGUGUUUUUGUGGCUACACCGAUAAGAAAGUGUAGACUAAUUGGGGGUUUUCUUACCCUAGUCUACUGUUUGUUUUUCACUUUACUGGGUAAUUUCGGGUCCUUUUACCUAAUUCUGGCUUCAUGCUCGCUCUUCUGCUUUGAUGACUUUGCCCUGGAUAGUCUCGUAAACUCAAAGUAUAACAUGUUUACCAAGGGCAGUAGGCUCGUUAGGAAAGUUUCCGUGGAUCUCAUUGAGAGCACAGUCGCAGAUGAUGAGCUCUUUUGUGUCUACAUGGAUGAUAAAGUGGGACAGGAUGACCAGCAAACUACAGAGGGUACAACUAGUGAAUAUGAAAAGGUCGUGGAUGCAAUUACGCAAAAGGGGUACCUCAAGAAAAUUCUGCCAGAGACGAGUGAUAAGGUAAAAUCGGUUGUUCACAUCAUCUGCAUGUUGUCGAUUUUUGUCCUCUCACUCUUCACCAUAUGUUACGCGAGAUAUCGGGGUCUAAAGGCUGUCUUUAUCUUCUUGCUCUGUGUACUCUUGCAGAUCCACUCUGAGACGUUGAAGGAGAGGCUCAUGACAGAGUAUACGCUCUUUACUCUCCAAGUAUGGCUGGUGGGAGAAAUGCUCAUUGCUGGUCCCUCCGUCUGGAGUUUUAUGCUCUUUCUGGGACUUUUGGAGCUCCAAAUUUCGCUAUCCAAGAGCCACCAUUUGGUCAAGACCAUCAAGAUUAUGACGCAAAUGUUCAUUCUCCUGCGUACCAUCAUAUAUGGUCUCAGCAUGAUCGAUCGGUAUGUUGACCCUAGCGUCGUCCCGGAGAUUGGAUAUCCCAUUGACCGCGCAUUUUACACUUUUAACGACUAUGGAAGUAUUUUCCCAAUCAAUGGAGAAAGGAUGGAAUUUGUUAUUCAGGGAACAUCAGACUCUAUCCUCAGCGGAGUCACGGAAUGGAAGGAAUACGAGUUCAAAGCUAAGCCUAGCGGUCUAGAUAGGAGACCAAGAUUCCUCCCCUUUUACCAGUACUCGCUGGAUAAUACAAUGGAGAUUCUCUCUGCCAGGGGUCUGGACAAAAACAUUCAUGCACCUCCAGUUUACCUCUUUGGGGUCCUCAGGAAGUUGCUGUAUGGCUCAAAUGAAGUUGGCGAGCUCUUUUACAAGAAUCCAUUCGCUGGAAGUGCCCCCAAGUACGUGCGAGUUGUUCAGUACUCUUACGACUUUGUUGGUUCUGAGGCGAGGAAGAAGGGGGCGGCAACGAUGCCGGGACAUGUAGAAGCUGGAAGAUGGUUCAAGAGGAUGUUCCAGGCCCAAGUUGUGCCUCCCCUGAGACUUCCUCCACUCGACGGCGGUCAUGAUGCAGACACAGCCUCCAGUGUGAAAAAGGAGGAAAACGGUCACGUUGUAGUCUCCACGUUGCCUGAGGAUGCACAACAUCCAGAAGAAAAGAACAAGGGCCUAAAGCAAGGCGACACCAAAGUGGUACACGUGGUCCAUACCAUGCCGCCAGAAAAGACAAAGGGAGUCCCCCUAGAGUAUGCAGAUAAGUUCAAUCAUGUUAUACCAAACGUAGAUGGACUCAUUAUUACAAAAAGAUGA